UGUACAAUAGUUGUUAGUGCACUAGAAGCGAACGUCAUCAAAAUGUGUCAUGCACUCUUGACUCUAGGAUAAGAAUUCAGACGCAAAGGCACCAUCGGGAAAUCUCUACGAGAACUAUCAUCUAGCUUAUUUACUUGUAAAACGAAAUGUGUGAAAAAUAUGAUGGACUUGCCACUUGCAUACGGUAUUAACAAUUCUAGCGAGCUGCUGUUAGACACUAGUGGCUUCCGCUGACUGCACAUGUUCAGUGGUCGCUGCAGAAUAUCCUUGGCAAUUUGGCAUCGUGGUGAUUUUGUGAGCAAGACUGCUUCUUGUGGAAUCUCCGUUUGAUUGGAUUGCAGGUUAUCCAUCGAUUGAUACAUCAAUCCGCAUCCUACGAGGAGUGUCUAGCGGGGAUCCAUGAUAAAUCGUGCGGCGCCAGCAGGUGGCGGUUUUUAAAUGGCAAUCAGCUGAUCGCAGUAUUGUGGGAAUUUGCAGCGCAUUUCCUGCCAACUCACAGUGGUCCUGUUUGGCACGGAUUCACGUUAUUUACCGAUUAAUAAUCUAAUCUCUUUGUAAUCAUUCUGGCCAGAGCCUACCUCUUCCUUCGAAAAGUGUUCUCACUACUAUCAUUGUUUCGGCCGCCUCGAUCGGCAUUCGGGUGAUCGGGCAGGAUGAUGGGCAUGCUGGACAGUUUCCACGAGGAGCACGAUGAACUGCCGGAGCGACAGCAGGCGGCGGAAUUCUACGCCAAAUACCAGGCCAAGGAGAUUCUGGGGCGUGGCGCCAGCAGUGUGGUGCGGCUGUGCGUGGAGAAGGACACCGGACGGGAGUACGCCGUCAAGGUCAUCGACGUCAACGGCGACGUCAAUCCCGACAGUCAGGAGGCCCGCGAUAUCUACGAUGCCGCCAUGAAGGAGAUCCAGGCGUUGCGGCUGUUGGCCGGCCAUCCCAACAUCAUCGAGCUGCACGACGUGUUCAUCUCGCCGGCCUUCCUGUUCCUGGUGUUCGAGUUGUGCCGGAAAGGCGAGUUGUUCGACUACCUGAACCGUGUGGUGACGCUCAGCGAGAAAAAGACACGCAUCAUCAUGCAGCAGCUGCUGGGCGCCGUGCGCUUCAUCCACGACCGCAAUGUCGUCCACCGCGAUCUCAAGCCGGAGAACAUUCUCAUGGACGACGAACUCAACGUCAAGGUCACGGAUUUCGGCUUCGCCGCCAUGCUCACCGAUGAACAACAAGGUUUGACGGAUUUGUGCGGCACACCGGGCUACCUGGCCCCGGAAGUAUUACGGGCCAACAUGUACGAGAAGCAGGCGCCCUACGGGAAACCGGUGGAUCUGUGGGCCUGCGGAGUCAUCAUGUACACACUGCUGGCAGGUUAUCCGCCUUUCUGGCACCGCAAACAGAUGGUUAUGCUGCGCCAUAUUAUGGAAGGUCAAUACUCCUUCGCCAGUCCAGAGUGGGCGGACGUGGGCGACGUUCCGAAAGAUUUGAUCCGCCGUCUCUUGACCGUGGAUCCCCACCAACGCAUCACUGCAGCCGCCGCCCUGCAACACGAUUUCUUCCAGAUCAAGACCCAUCUGGACGUGCAUGUGGCGGCACGGCUGCGUCUUAAACGCAGCCUGUUGCUGGUGCGAGCAGUUACUCGGUUACGGCGGCUGCGCAUCACGCCGCAGCCCAUCUCGCGGGUACAAGUGCAGCGUGAUCCCUACAAGAUCCGCGUCGUCCGCAAGAUGGUGGACGUGGCGGCCUUCCGCAUGUACGGCCACUGGGUGCACAAGGGGGAGGAACAGAACCGAGCGGAUCUUUUCCAGAACUCACUCAAACUGGAGAUGAAAACGCUCAUGCACAGUCAAAUCAAAGUCAACUGAGCAGAGCCGUGAGAUCGGCUGCUUGUUGGGGACCAUUUGCGGGUGAUUUCCGGUUGAAAAUGUGUUUGCCAGUUUUUACCGGUUUUUGGGUGAUGUCACUGAUGUGUAUUUUGCAACAGCUUUCAGUCAUCUUAAGAUAGCGCAUUUUGCGAAUAUAUAACUGGGGUUUUUAUUUAAAAAGAAAAGAUAGGGUAUACUACAGGUCUACAACAAAGUCUCGCGUGACGACAAUAAAAGAAGAAU